AUGGUUCUACCCAUUGUAAUAGGCGUGGGAAUCACCGCUGCCGCCUUAACUACAAAGGCACUUUUAAGGACUGUCGCUCGUUAUCGGCAAUUGACUCCUCAAAUGUUUGCCACUUUGAACAGAAUCCGUCUUGAGGAUCCGUCGUCUACAUAUCUUGCUCAAGAUGUCAAUCCAUCUUCGCAUAUCCGUUAUUUAAAGGCAACGUUUGACGCCAAAGGUUUUGAACGUAACAUGACAGAAAGAGAAGCAUUACUCAUCAUGGGAAUAAAUGCCGAUGACAUUGCUUCGUUGACCAAGGACACUCUACGGAAGCGGUACAGAAAACUCAUGGUGAUGAACCAUCCUGAUAGACACGGCAGCGUCUAUCUUUCGCAAAAAAUCAAUCAGGCAAAAGAGGUUUUGGAAAAAAGCUAUCUUUUCCGGCGAUAA